ACUUCCCAGCCAGUUCAUGUUAAACCCUAAACCCUGACCUUCUUGGCUCCUUGUUUUCCAUUGCUCUCAUAUCUCAGAAGUCCUAAUCCCUAAUUACUGCUUUGCGUUCCUUCUAUACUCAGCUGCUAAACAAUAACUAUGGACCUAAAAACCACUGAGUUCUUGAAAGAGGUCCAGCUUCCCUAUUCAACUGCCUUCUCAAAGCUCGUUGACGACACUGUUUCAGCCAUCAAAGACUCCAUUGAUAAAAUCCCUCAAGAUCUUCAGGUUACAGCCGAUGUUGCUCCAAGGUUUGUCAAAGACAUUGGUGCAGACAAAGUGGACUUCAAGUUCAAGAAGCCAAAAUCUAUUGAAAUUGGUGGGAGUUACUCCAUAAAAUGCAUUGCAAAGCCUGAUAUCAAUGUCGAUCUCUUUCUUCGCUUGCCCAAGGAGUGUUUUCAUGAGAAAGACUAUCUGAAUCACCGAUACCAUGCCAGAAGAUGUCUUUACCUCUGUGUUGUAAAAAAGUAUUUAACAUCUUCUCCAUUAGUUCAUAAGGUUGAAUGGUCCACUCUGCAAAAUGAGGCACGAAAACCGGUAUUGAUUGUUCAUCCAGCUAUGAAGCACGUUGAAGUUCCUGGGUUUGUUGUCAGAUUAGUGCCCACAGCAACUUCUCUUUUUAGCAUCUCAAAGCUCAACCCUGAGCGAAACAAUGUUCGUGCAUUGAAUCAAGGGGGCAUUUCACAAGCAACACCUAAAUAUAACAGCAGUAUUCUUGAAGAUAUGUUAAUGGAAGAAGCCACAGAGUCUAUGAAGAAAAUUUUUCUUGGAUGGAAGGAACUAGGAGAGGCUUUGAUUUUGCUAAAGGUUUGGGCUCGACAAAGAACUUCAAUAUAUGCACAUGAUUGCUUGAAUGGAUUUUUACUUUCUGUCAUAAUAGCCAACCUUGCAAGGAGAAACCGAAUUAACAGUUCUAUGAAAGCAAUGCAGAUAGUUCGUGUUACAUUGACCUCCAUGGCUACUCCAAGUUUCUGGACUCGUGGACUUCACCUUCAGUUGAAAGAUCAGAAGGCUAUUGCUAAGGAAAAGUUGCAAAGUAACCAGAAAGGUCCAGUUGUAAAAGGCAAUCAACAUGCAACAUUUAAUCUAGCUUUCAGGAUGUCAACAAUUGGUUGUAUCCAGCUUCAAGAUGAGGCUACUUUGACACUUAAAUGCUUUGAGAAAUGUGGAGAUGGUGCUUUUGAGGAAAUUUUUAUGACUAAGAUUGACUUUCCUGCAAAGUAUGACCAUUGCAUAAGGUUGAACUUGGAAGGAAGAAGUGAGGUGUUUGAUUCAGGAUUUUGCUUGGAUGAUGAAUGUUGGAGAGUUUACGAGCAGAAGGUUCAUAAUGUUCUAAGUGAAGGAUUGAGUGAUAGAGUGAAGCUUGUUCGCGUCAUUUGGAGAAACAUACCAUCAGAAUACCUUAUAGAAAAUGGCUUAUCUAAAUUCAGCUCAGAGCCAUUGCUUGUAGGAAUCUCAAUGAGCUCUUUAGAAAAAUCUUCUAGGGUGAUUGAUAUUGGUCCAAAUCCUGAAAAUAAAGAAGAGGCUCUCAAGUUUCGAAAGUUCUGGGGAGAGAAAUCAGAGCUUAGGAGAUUUAAAGAUGGUACAAUUGCAGAAAGCACAUUUUGGGAAAGUAAGCAAUGGGAAAGACAUCUGAUUCUAAAAAGAAUUGCCGAAUACGUGCUUACUCGCCACCUUUCUCUACCUAAAGAAAAUAUCACAAAUAUUGUGGACCAACUUGAUUUCUCUUUGGUUCAUGGUGCUACAGAUCCUAUAUCGCAUUCCUCUAGUUUGCUUGAGGCUUUUGAAGUUUUAUCGAAGCGUUUGCGUCUCAUCCAAGAUAUUCCCUUGAAGGUCUCAACUGUACAACCUUUAGACUCAGCUUUCAGAUUUACAUCUGUGUUCCCACCUGAGCCUCAUCCACUGGCUAACGAAAAGGGCGGUGCCAUUAGACUAUCUAGGUUCACUUCUUCAUGCAUUCAGCCGCUGGAAGUUAUGAUUCAGUUGGAAGGUUCUGGAAAUUGGCCUAUGGAUGAAGUGGCAAUUGAGAAAACUAAAUGUGCCUUUCUUCUUAAAAUUGGAGAAAGCCUAAAAACUAAUUGGGGGAUGAUGUGUACUGCAACAGAGGAUUCUGUAGAUGUUCUCAUGUCUGGAUAUGCAUUUCGUCUUAAAAUUUGGCAUGAAAGAGGCCUAAGUUUAUUGAAGAGGGAAACUGAAAGUGAUCAAGUAAAGAGGGUCUAUUCUACAGACAAGGAACUUUUCUUUCGCAGUCAGCAUUCAAACAUGAUUAAUGGUCUACAAAGUCGUUAUCCAGUAUAUGGGCCAGUUGCUAGGCUUGCAAAACGAUGGGUUGCGUCACAUCUAUUCUCAACAUGCUUGGUGGAGGAGGCAAUUGAGCUAUUGGUUGCAUAUCUUUUCUUGAAGCCCUUACCUUAUGAGGCUCCAUCCUCAAGGAUCACUGGGUUUUUGAGGUUUCUACUACUACUAUCAGAUUAUGACUGGACCUUUGCUCCACUAAUUGUUGACAUUAAUGAUGAUUUGGGUACUGACGGAGAGAAAGAGAUAACUGAAAACUUUAUGUUGGCCAGAAAAGCUUACGAGUCAAAUGCACAAGAUAUCAAACAUGCAAUGUUCGUAGCUACAGCUUAUGACAGGUCGUCUGAGGCUUGGACCAGAUUCUCACCACACUCAUCGGAACUUAAGAGGCUAGUGGCUUAUGCUCGAAGCAGUGCAAACUUGUUGACCAAACUUGUAUUGGAGGAUCAUAGUGAUUCUUUGAGAUGGGAGUGCCUUUUCCGAACUCCUUUGAACAACUUUGAUGCUGUGGUUCUUCUCCAUAGAGAUAAAUUACCACACCCCCAACGUCUUCUUUUCCCCUCAGAAUUAAAGCAGGGGAUGUAUGUGGCACGGGGGAAUCCUAGCAAGAUUUUUCAUCCCUUCCUCUUACCCGAAGAUUUGAAAGGAAGCUCAGAGGAACUAAGAAAUAAACUACUGGUAGAUUUUGAUCCAUUGAGGUGCUUUCUUGGGGAUGUAGAGGAGGAGUUCCCCAGUACAUUCAAGAUAUGGUAUGAUUCUCUUGGGGGUGAUGCUGUUGGCUUAACAUGGGGGACAAAUUGUUCAAAGAAACGUGGGCUGGAAGACGCAAAUGAGGAAGCACCAAAUCCUACUAAGUUACUGAAAGGUGUUGGUGAAGCUGGAAAAGGGUUUGUGAGGAGUAUUCAUCUUCUCAAAGCCCCUAGGUCAAUGACUUAAAUCUUUUCUUUUCCAUUUCAACACCAAUCUCCAAGGGGCUAAAUUCCAUUUCAUUUUUGUUUUCUAUUCAUUGUUGUACUUGCUUAUAAUUAACUUGAUUCAUUUUUUUUUCAUGAUAUUUAUUCUGAAAAAUGCUUAGAUGAUGAUGUUUAGUGUACAUAUUAGAGAAGAAAGAGCUCCUGCACUGCAGAUUUUGCCUC